UGUGACCUCCAAUAAUAAAUACACGUAUGUGUUUAUGCAUGUGUACUUGUAUGUAUGUAGUCACGUUUUUUUCACUACUUUAUACAUAUGUGGCUAUAUGCUCUUAGUUAGUUCAACUUAUACAUGUUUGCAUAUGGAAAUUGUAUUAUCUUAAGACGCGUCAGAAAGAAUACAAUUAUCAACAAAGCGCGGAGUUCAUCAUAAGUCUAUAUUUGAUUGCAACAAUUACUAGUUUUCUCUGGUGUAUCCCAACAAUGGAAGCAUUUGUGAAUAACUAUGCUCUUUUUUACAGUAUACGUGAGCACUGAGAGUAAAAAUAACAAGUUUUUAUGUAAAUACCUACGGAGCGGCUACAAGUGAAUUUUGCGAUAAGGUGAAUACAUUAAAUUACAGUGUUUAAAUGCGGAAUAAAAUUUUUCGCGACUGUUAUUAAUGUCUCCGACGUUUUUAAAUAACGCGUCUACCCCAUUUAGAUCUUUUCGGGGGGUCAAUGGUAACCAGAUAAGAUUGAGCGAGCGAAGUGACGCAGGUGGCAAAGAAUUUCAAAGUAGAGUGAUAGAAUUUGAGCUAAAAACUGACUAUCAGCUGAUUAAUGCAUGGAUUGACAUCCCAGCGUUAUUGUCAAUUUUGUUCCUUUGGCUCAACAAUCGAGAUCUUGUCAUUGUUGCUACUGUUAUAGUAAUCUACUUGUUUCUAAGAUGUAAAUCCAUCUUAUCUUCUGUCAAAAGUGAUACACUCUUAGUUGUGGAGUCAGUUGGAAUACAGAUUAUUGGGAAACGAGUACUUAAAUGUUUAGAGUCCAAUUGUUUUCUUCCUUGGAACACUGUGAAAGAUGUUUUUAUUAACGAAGUUAUAAUUGGGCAACGAGUUUUGUAUUAUUUAACAUUUAUUGUCAAAGAUUCGUCAAGUGGAAAAGACGACACAAAAUUAGUACCACUCUUUCGUGAAUUAAAACCGGAGCGAAAAUGCCUGGAAUACAUGUACGAGCGUCUGGCAAACUUGAUUGGGUCGAACGAGAGAAGGAGCCAAUUCUAACCGUCCCUGGAUCUUAUUGGUUGUGUCAUAAGAAAAAUAUUUACAAAUUUACGUUUAAAUAUCACCGAAGCUCCAAAGAUACUAAAGAAUUUAGUUACGGAAAAGAACUUAUGAAGGUUAUACGGCGUAUUAUCAAAUCGCAACCACGUCAAGGUCAGCAAUUUGGUACGCGUCACCUUCUCGUAACUUAUAACCAUUCAUCAUGGACUCGACAAGAUAAAAUGUUUGCCAUGCUAAAAUUUCGGGAUAGAACUAAUGCUACUGCAUUUCCUCGUGCUUUCGUGCUUAUUGUUAAGAUUCUUCCAACAAACCCGACAUUUGAAAAUGGCAAAGAGUUUGAAGAUGAAUUGAUUGUUUAUGAAAAAUCAACUAGAAGAUCACAGUGGAAUAACUCAUCAAUUGAUAAGCAAGAUGAUAUAAGUAAUAGUGAUGAAACGUUGCAAAAAUCCAGACUUCCCUCAACGAUUAGUAGUAAUGGACUCUCCAGUGAUCUUCCUAAAACUUCUUCAGAUAAUGUUAAAAGUAAUGGUACUCGCGUUAAUACUCCUGUUACAAGAUCCAUGCGGAGUAGUGAACGCCAGAAAAGAGUUAGUUCAGCUUCCUUUUUAGCAGGUCUUGAUGAUUUGCCUCUUAUAGAAAAAUAUCUUUCUGAACAACAAGAUCAAUCUAAUUUAGAUAAUUCUACUGCUACAAAUCAAGAAUGUCUAAAUGAAUUACAGGAAACUGUAGAUAUGCCUUAUCAAUAUUUAAUUGAACGUGAAAUUGAACGAAGUAAGUCUAGACUAACACGUAGUUCUAAUGCACAAAAAAUGGCUGUUGAUGAAUCUAUUGAAAAGGCGCCAAAAGAAAAACGUAUUGGAGAAUCAGCAACACCGAGAAGUAGAACCCCAAGACUCCAAUCAAGUUCAAAUAUUAUUGAUAAUGCAACAGCACGCUCUUCUAACAUUACAGAUCUUGUCAUGGAAGGUCUUAUGUUUACGAUUAGACAAGAUCAAGAUAGUGUAACUGUGGUAGAGCAAAAGACUAAAUUGGAGCCUGAUGAGGUUUUAGAGAAUUCAGAAAAAAUUGAAACGAAAGAAGGUGCUGAAUGUCUAGUUAAUUCUAGUCUUUUGAAAUUGGAAAACUUGGUCACAAAAAUUGAAAUGUCAUCUAACGCGAAAACAAAUAAAUAUGAAGAUGAUCAAUGUACUCAAUUGAAUAGUUUAAGUGCAAUAGAUUUAAAUAAUAAGGAUAAUGAAGAAGAGGCUGGAGAACAAGAAGAUGUCGAAGAUGUAGAAGUAGAUGAUAUACAAGAAGUAGAAGUAGACUCAAAAGAACAAGACAAAAAUACUCAAAAAUUGUCUGAAAAAAAUUUUGAUGAUGAAAUUGAAGAAUACACUGCUCUUAAUCUUGAAACUAUUGAUGAUCACCAAUCGCAAGAGGAAAAAUCACUCAUUCUCACUUCUCAUCAGCAGUCUUUCAAAAAUUCUUUGGAGAAAAAAAUAGAUGACGUUCCGCUUGUUACAAUUAAUUUAAGUAAUGUUCAUGAUAUUCUUAACAGUGAUUUUAAGGAUGAAUGUAGUUCCACGUUUUCGGAAAUACACAGUUUGCACGAAGAAUCAGAAGUCAAUGAAGAUUUUGAGGACUCAGAAGAAGAUUUUGAAUUGCAAGAUCAUCCAGAUGUAAGUAUUGAAGAAGACAAUGCAAAAUUACAUGAUAAUAAAGAAGACAACGAAGAAGAAAGUCACGUAGAUAUUGAAGAAGAUGAGGAAGACGAAGAUAUUAUUCCAGAAGCUUUAUGUAAAAAUAAUCAAGACUGUAUUGAUGAUAAUGUUGGCUAUGAAAUAUCAACUGAUUCUGAAGAAAAUAAUUUACUAAUGGACGAUAUAGAAAUAGAGCAAUCAUCAAAUGUACCGGAACAAACUCCACCCCAGAAUAAAUCUAGUAGGCCUCGGAUCAUUUCUAGCGAAGUAGUUCAGUAUGAUUUGUCUUCAAUACGUUCUUUAAAUUUACGAAGAAAAAUAGAGUCUGAAUCGAGUAAUCAGAAUACGAGUAACACGAAUGAUUUUGAAAAAUCUCCAUGUAAUUCUGGCACUCAAGUAAAUAAAGAAUCAAUAACUUCUACAGAAAAAAGUAAUAAAAUAGCUGAAAAAAUAAAUGAACCAACUGUUCUUACUCGAAGAAGACUUACAGCAAAACGCCGACUCUGUUCUCAAAAGCAAGAAGAUGAUAAUGGAGAAGUCAAAAUAGAAAUGGAUAAAUUUGUCAAACAUAUGACACAAGGUGUUCGAGUAGUACUUGAACGAUUAGAUCUAGAAAAAACGUUUGGAAGAUUGAAAAGAAAUGGUUGUUUUAAGGUAUAAAUGAAAAUAAUUGGAAGAUAUAAAAUACAAUGCAUUCAUUAAUACAAUUUUACUAAAACUCAAUUAAUCAGUAUAUAAACGCAUAAACGUAUAUGAGCACAUAUAUUAAUUAUCAAAAAA